CUCAAUUAAACGCAUUCAGUCCAUGACACAUGGCUCACACAAACACUCCCAACACAAUUGGCAGCCACCACCUCUCACCCCACCACCGUCCCCCUGUCGAUGACGUCGCUCUCGAGACCGAAUAGCCGUAGCACACGGCGGGCGGCACCAGCCGACACAGUGUAGCGGUCGGCGAGAGGCUGAGACCGAUCAGCCACGGGUGCCUCGGUCUUGAACAGCUGGAUGUCGCCGUAGCGCAUCCACAGGGCUGCAGCGACGGUGUGGCCAGGGCGGAAGCCGCUCACAAUCACACGACGAUGGUCACUGACCUGGGCGGCAGCAUUCAGAUCGCCCCCAUCGUAGCGCCAGUCGACAGCGAUGCCCAAACCCUCUAUGAUUGCAUCGGUCACCAGCCGGCGAUAGCGAGGGUCGUCACUGCCGAUGUGUGCCCACAGCACCCUCAUUUCGCCCACUCCAUCCGACCACCAGAAAAGCACCGCGUACAGCAGGAAUGCCGAGAAUGAGUGGUAGAGCCUGCCGCCCCGUCGGAUGACGGGGUCAGUCCGCUUAUAGCCCUCAGCGUACCGAUGGGCGGCCGGCAGCUCACCCAACGCCACCACACCAAACGUUACACCGCCGAUCCGAUAGCUUCUGUCGUUAUCGGCUGGCUGCAGCGCCAGGCUGGUCCCUCUGUGUGUCAGCUGCUGGCCGAUGAUCUUGUAGAUGGCCAUGGCGAGUGGCAUUUGGUGGAAGGCCGUGGCUGUGGGCAGCGAGUCAGCCGACAGGCGGAGAGGCCGCGUCGCAUCAGCAGGGGUGAGUCCACAGAUGAAGGCCAGCCGAAGGAACCGCCCCAUCGCCCGCCACUCCUCGCCACUGCCCCGCUCCAGCACAUAGACCACCUUCAAGCCGGCCUCCACAUCACCGCCAAUGUCGAAGGCCAACACGUCCACCAGGCCCAGACGAGUGAUGGCCUUGUGGAUGUGCUGCUGGAGGGCGUUGAGCACGGUGCUGUUGACGGUCUCCGCAGUGUGGCCCAGCAGCUCCUGUUGCCGAGUGCGGGUGGCGAGCUGCGAGCGGAGAGCGGCUCGUUUGGCAUCGUCAGUCGCCAUGGCCAUGGCGGCCAUCUUGCUGAUGGGCAGUGACAGGUCAAAGAGGUCGGCGGGCUGGAAGAGGGCAGGGCUCGGGGGACGGGACGAGGGCGCCGCACCAGUGGGCUGCAUCGUCAGUGUCCUGAGGUCUCAUCGAAGCGUCACUCAAGACACGGAAAAAUAGCAGUGUGUGUGAAUUUUGACGCCUUCCCUGCCUCUCUGACUGUCCUCUCACCUUCAUGACUGUCCUUUGCGAUUGAG